AUGCAACCGGUACUGAAGGAGACGCUGCUGUUCCUGCUCGCAGGCGUGCUCGAGAUCGGUGGCGGCUACGGCGUAUGGGUCUACGCCAAGCAGAGCGAGAGGGCGUCCGCCAUGUACAUCGCGUACGCCGUCCUCGGGUCGAUCGCGCUCGUCGCGUACGGCUGGGCCCAGACGCUGCAGUCGAUCGACUUUGGGCGCCUCUACGCUGUCUACGGCGGGUAUUUUAUUUUACUAAGUCUUCUCUGGGGCUGGGCCGUCGCUGGCGUCAAACCCGACGUCGGCGACUGGGUCGGCGCGUCCAUCGCCUUUGCCGGCGUCCUCAUCAUGCUCUACUGGCCUCGGUCCUAA